UGGGCGGCGGGAGAUUCAAACCUGGAAGAAGGAGGAACAUGGAGCGGAGAGGAGCGGGCCCGGGCCGGGCGAUCUAUGAACGCCUCACAGCAGAGGAAAUGGAUGAGCAGAGGAGGCAGAACAUCGCCUAUCAAUACCUGUGUCGGCUGGAGGAAGCCAAGCGCUGGAUGGAGGCCUGCCUGAAGGAGGAGCUGCCUUCCCCCAUGGAGCUGGAGGAGAGCCUCCGGAACGGAGUGCUGCUGGCCAAGCUGGGCCACUGUUUCGCACCCUCUGUGGUUCCCUUGAAGAAGAUCUAUGAUGCGGAGCAGCUGCGGUACCAGGCAACUGGCUUGCAUUUCCGUCACACGGACAACAUCAACUUUUGGCUGUCUGCAAUAGCCCACGUCGGUCUGCCUUCGACCUUCUUCCCAGAGACCACGGACAUUUAUGACAAGAAGAACAUGCCACGGGUGGUCUACUGCAUUCAUGCACUCAGUCUCUUCCUCUUCCGGCUGGGAUUGGCUCCUCAGAUACAUGAUCUAUAUGGGAAGGUGAAAUUCACAGCUGAGGAACUCAGCAACAUGGCCUCUGAACUGGCUAAGUAUGACCUCCAGCUGCCUGCCUUCAGCAAGAUCGGGGGCAUCCUGGCCAAUGAACUUUCAGUGGAUGAGGCUGCAGUCCAUGCGGCUGUUCUUGCCAUCAAUGAGGCAGUGGAGCGAGGGGUGGUCAAGGACACCCUAGCGGCCUUGCAGAAUCCCAGUGCUCUGCUGGAGAAUCUUCGAGAGCCUCUGGCAGCCAUCUACCAGGAGCUGCUGGCUCAGGCCAAGAUGGAAAAGGCUGCCAACGCCAGGAACCGCUUUUUGCAGAAUGAUGGAGAAAGCCAGGACAUCUAUGACUGCUGCCUAACUCAAGCGGAAAUCCAAGGCAACAUCAACCAUGUCAAUGUCCAUGGGGCCCUAGAAGUUGUUGAUGAUGCCCUGGAAAGACAGAGCCCCGAGGCCUUGCUUGAGGCCCUUCAAGACCCUGUCCUGACCCUGCAAGGAGUGAGGAGAGACUUUGCGGACUGGUACCUGGAACAGCUGAGCUCAGACAGAGAGCAGAAAGCGCAGGAGCUGGGCCUAGUGGAGCUUCUGGAAAAGGAGGAGGUCCAAGCUGGUGUGGCUGCUGCCAACAUAAAGGGUGAUCAGGAACAAGCCAUGCUCCGGGCUGUGCAGAGGAUCAACAGAGCUCUCCGGAGGGGAGUGGCAGCUGACACUGUGAAGGAGCUGAUGUGCCCAGAAGCCCAGCUGCCUCCAGUGUACCCCUCUGCCUCGGCUGUGUACCAGCAGGAGCUGGCAGUGCUCCAGCAGCAGCAGCAGGGGGAGCUGGCCCAGGAGGAGCUCUUUGUGGCUGUGGAGAUGCUCUCAGCCGUGGUCCUGAUCAACCGGGCUCUGGAGGCCAAGGAUGCUAGCGGCUUCUGGAGCAGCCUGGUGAACCCCGCCACGGGCCUGGCCGAGGUGGACGGGGAGAACGCUCAGCGGUACUUUGAUGCUCUGGUGAAGCUGCGACAGAUACGUGGAGUGGAUGGGGCCUUCCUGAGCUGGAAUGACCUACAGGCUGCAGUGAGCCAGGUCAACGCCCAGGUCCAGGAAGAGACUGAUCAGGUCCUUGCGGUCAGCCUCAUCAAUGAGGCUCUGGACCAGGACAACCCCGAGAAGACCCUCUCCUCCCUUCUGCUUCCUGCUGCCAGCCUGGAUGAUAUCAGCCUUCCCAUCGCCCCUCGGUACCAUCUCCUCCUCGUGGCGGCCAAAAGGCGGAAGGCCCAGGUGACAGGGGAUCCUGAAGCUGUGCUGUGGCUGGAAGAGAUCCGCCAGGAAGUGGUCAGAGCCAACCAGGACACACAUGCAGCUCAGAGAAUGGCUCUUGGUGUGGCUGCCAUCAACCAAGCCAUCAAGGAGGGCAAAGCAGCCCAGACAGAGCGGGUAUUAAGGAACCCUGCCGUAGGCCUCCGAGGAGUGGUUCCCGACUGUGCCGAUGGCUACCAGCGGCUCCUGGAAGAUGCCAUGGCAAAGAAGCAGCGCCCAGGAGAUACAGCACUCUGGGUUCAACAUGACAUGAAGGAUGGUACUGCCUACUACUUUCACCUGCAGACCUUCCAGGGGACCUGGGAGCGACCCCCUGCCUGCUGCCUCAAUACCUCCCACCUAACUCGGGAGGAGAUCCAGUCAGCUGUCACCAAGGUCACUGCUGCCCGUGACCGCCAGCAGCUCUGGAAGGCCAACGUGGGCUUCAUCAUCCGGCUCCAGGCCCGCCUCCGCGGCUUCCUGGUCCGGCAGAAGUUUGCUGAACGUUCCCACUUUCUGAGGACCUGGCUUCCCGCAGUCGUCAAGAUCCAGGCUCAUUGGCGUGGUUACAGACAGCGGAAGAUUUACCUGGAACGGUUGCAGUAUUUAAAAGCGAACACAGAUGCUGUAAUCAAGAUCCAGGCUUGGGCCCGGAUGUGGGCAGCUCGGAGGCAAUACCGGAAGCGUCUGGGCUACUUCCAGAAGAAUGUUAAGUCCAUUGUGAAGAUCCAGGCAUUUUUCCGAGCCAGGAAAGCCCGGGAUGACUACAGGAUGUUAGUCCACACACCCCAUCCCCCACUCAGUGUGGUACGCAGAUUUGUCCACCUCUUGAAUCAAAGCCAGGAGGACUUCUUGGCUGAGGCAGAGCUGCUGAAGCUCCAGGAGGAGGUGGUCAGGAAGAUCCGGUCCAAUCAGCAGCUGGAACAGGACCUCAAUCUCAUGGAUAUUAAGAUUGGCCUGCUGGUGAAGAAUCGAAUCACCCUGCAGGAAGUGGUCUCCCACUGCAAGAAGCUGACCAAGAAGAAUAAGGAACAGCUGUCGGAUAUGAUGGUUCUGGAUAAGCAGAAGGGAUUAAAGUCGCUGAGCAAAGAGAAACGGCAGAAGCUAGAAGCUUACCAACACCUCUUCUACCUGCUCCAGACUCAACCCACCUACCUGGCCAAGCUGAUCUUUCAGAUGCCUCAGAACAAAACCACCAAAUUCAUGGAGUCAGUGAUUUUCAGUCUGUACAACUAUGCCUCCAACAGCCGAGAGGCCUAUCUCCUGCUCCAGCUGUUCAAGGCAGCACUCCAGGAGGAAAUCAAGUCAAAGGUGGAGCAGCCCCAGGAUAUGGUGACAGGCAACCCGACUGUGGUGAGGCUGGUGGUGAGAUUCUAUCGGAAUGGGCGGGGGCAGAGUGCCCUGCGGGAGAUCCUGGGCAAGGUGAUCCAGGACGUGCUGGAGGACAAGAUGCUCAGCGUCCACACAGACCCUGUCCACCUCUACAAGAGUUGGAUCAACCAGACUGAAGCCCAGACAGGGCAGCGCAGCCACCUCCCCUAUGAUGUCACCCCAGAGCAGGCCUUGAGCCACCCUGAGGUCCAAAGACGACUGGACAUCUCCCUCCGCAACCUCCUCGCCGUGACUGAUAAGUUUCUUGCAGCCAUCAUCUCAUCUGUGGACCAAAUUCCGUACGGGAUGCGGUACGUGGCUAAGGUCCUGAAGACGACUCUGGCAGAGAAGUUCCCCGACGCCACAGAGAAUGAGAUCCAGAAGGUGGUGGGGAACCUCCUGUACUACCGCUUCCUGAACCCGGCUGUGGUGGCCCCCGACGCCUUCGACAUUGUGGCUAUGGCAGCGGGCGGCGCGCUGGCGGCCCCCCAGCGCCACGCCUUGGGGGCUGUGGCUCAGGUCCUGCAGCAUGCCGCGGCCGGCAAGGCCUUCUCCAGGGAGAGCCAGCACCUGCGCGUCUUGAAUGACUAUCUGGAAGAGACGCACCUCAAGUUCAGGAGGUUCAUCUGCCGAGCCUGCCAGGUGCUAGAGCCAGAGGAGCGUUUUGCAAUGGAUGAGUAUUCGGACAUGGUGGCUGUGGCCAAACCCGUGGUGUACAUCACCAUGGGGGAGCUCGUCAACACGCACAGGCUGUUGUUGGAACACCAGGACUGGAUCGCCCCUGAUCACCGAGACCCCCUGCAUGAGCUCCUGGAGGACCUCGGGGAGCUGCCCACUGUCGCUGACCUCAUCGGGGAGAAUGUAGCUCCGGAUGGGAACGUGGAUCUGAGCAAGCUAGAGGUGUCCCUGACUCUCACCAACAAGUUUGAAGGACUGGAGACAGACGCUGACGACACCAACACCCAGAGCCUGCUUCUGAGCACCAAGCAGAUGCUGGCUGACAUCAUGCAGUUCCACUCAGGAGACUCCCUCCAGGAGAUCCUAUCCCUCUCAGCUUCCGGGGAGGAGGAAGCAGCCCAUAAGCGGCUGAUGUGCCGGCGCCAGGCCUGUGAAGCCCAGACCCCGGAGCUGCUGCGACGACACCGCUCACUGACGGCCCACUCCCUCCUGCCGCUGGCAGAGAAACAGCGGCGCGUCCUGCGGAACCUGCGCCGACUUGAGGGCCUGGGGUUGGUCAGUGCCAGGGACGGCUACCAGGGGCUGGUGGACGAACUGGCCAAGGAUAUCCGCAACCAGCGCAAGCGCCGGCAACGGAGGAAAGCAGAGCUGCUGAAGCUCCAGGCCACACUCCAGGGCCUGAGCACCAAGACCACCUUUUAUGAGGAGCAGGGCGACUACUACAGUCAGUACAUCCGGGCCUGCCUGGACCACCUGGCCCCCAGCUCCAAGAGUUCUGGGAAAGGGAAGAAGCAGGUAUCUCUCCACUACACGGCUGCCCAGCUCCUGGAGAAGGGUGUCUUGGUGGAAAUUGAAGAUCUUCCCACCUCUCAUUUCAGAAAUGUGAUCUUUGACAUCACCCCUGGAGAUGAGGCGGGAAGGUUUGAAGUAAACGCCAAGUUCCUAGGUGUGGACAUGGAACGAUUUCAGCUCCACUAUCAGGACCUCCUGCAGCUCCAGUACGAGGGUGUGGCUGUCAUGAAACUCUUCAACAAGGCCAAGGUCAACGUCAACCUUCUCAUCUUCCUUCUCAACAAGAAAUUCUUGCGGAAGUGACUGAGGCAGGGGGUGCUCCCCAAGCCCUUCUUACCUCACUGGAUGCUUUUCUUAACACUAAUGCACUGCUCCACUUUCCUGCAGACACCCAGAACUCAGGCCCAGGCAAGGCUCAAGGAGUCUCACCUUUCCCCAGCUGGGAGGAGUCUGGCUCCCUGGCCCACAGGCAGGGUCUCUAAUUGGCUCCAGGCCGGCCAUGUGGCUUAUAAGCCACAGAACUCCAUGAUUUUCCAGCCUGAUGGGAAGCAAUGAACCCAGGGCCUGCCCUGCGAAGGCUACUGCUCUAGUGUCUGCUGCCGCCCUCCCCAUACGCAAGCACUGUCCCAGCGGCCUGAUUCCUGCUGCCUCCCUUCUCUCUACAGACCCAAGGCAGGGCUGGGCUCCCUGCCCCACCCCCACUGCAGCAGCAGCUUCUGUUCUCCCCUGCUGAGGCCAGGCCACUCUGCUGCAGCGACGCCUCACACCCUCCCACCCCUGACCCUCACCCCGGGUGGACAGCACUCGUUAAUGCCCACUCGGCCUCGUGACACACAGUGGCCUGGGCAAGAUGACCCUCCAUUAACCUCAAGUCUCACUCUCCUGUUUACAGUCUGUUUUACAUGUGGGUCACCAGGGUAUUUAUUCUCUCCUGUGCAACCUUAAUCAUGGUUUUUAUUCUUUCUUCCUAAGCUCAGAGAAAGAGUUCCCAUUUCCCUAUUCAAACUAAUACUCAUGCCAAUCUUUUAUACCUUGUAUAUGAAGUCACCUUGGGUCCCUCGUGUUUAAGAACUCAUUAUUUCAGCCUCAUACGGUACGAAAAGCCGUCUUUCCCUUUUCUCUCUCACCCAACAGGAUUCUUGCAUCUGAGAGCUAACUUCCUGUCCUUGUGGCCCCUCUGAUUUCACUUUAAUAUAAGCAGCUGUUACCUCUGCA